AUGCGCGCAAUUUCUGCUCAAGCGGAUCAAGAAGAUGUCCUCGUACCUGUUCGAAUAGACAUGGAGUCUAAUGGAUAUCAGCUACGUGAUACGUUCACUUGGAAUUUGAAUGAGAAACUGCUGACACCCGAACGAUUUGCUGAUAUACUUUGUGAAGACCUCCAUUUACCGCCUGCGCAAUUUGUUGAUGCCAUUGUCGCGUCCAUUCGAGAGCAGUUGGAAGAGUAUCAUUUAUAUUCCCCAAACUCUCAUAUCAAGGAACCAGAAGAAAAUAAGGCCGCCGAUGAGGAACUACGAAUUAUAAUCAAGUUGGACAUCACGGUCGGCAACAUAUCUUUGGUCGAUCAAUUUGAAUGGAGCAUUGAAAAUUCAAGCGACAGCCCCGAGUUGUUUGCUGAAAAGCUUGUCAGCGAGCUCGGCCUAGGCGGAGAAUUCAAAUCGGCCAUCUCACAUUCUAUCCGAGAACAAGUCUAUGUACACUUCAAGUCGCUCUUGAUCGGCCAGGACUACGAUGGAAACUAUUUAAGCGAACGCGUCAAAAAUCAACUUUUGCCUAAUUUGAAAAGUCUGCUCCGAGAUCCCCUGAUAGCAGAAAAAUUCACCCCUGUGCUUUUGGAAAUUAGCGACCUUGAACUUGACAGAAUUGAGCGUGAAAAACUUCGUGAAUUCCGGUAA